AUGCUGGACAGGUCGUGGGACGAGCUGGCGAUAUUCAGAUGGAAUCAACGUGGUUUGAGUCCACGAGUGUUCUGUGAUGAGAGGACUUGGUGGGGGUUGGAGGAUUGUCUGAAGCAGAUGGCUGCAUUCGAUCGAGACGUGCUCAAGUUCGCUGUUGAGAGGAUCAUGAUGAAGAGGGUUCAGCGGAUGAUGGAAGCGAAGGCGAGGAUGAAGAUAAGGCACAGUCAAGGUAGGGGCUCAUUCCUUUGCUACGCCCGAGCAUAA